AUGGCGUCUACUGCCCCCGAGAAGGAAAAGGAUAAAUCCAAGGUCCACAAACUGUCACUCAAAGGCAGCGCACGGCUGGUGGCCGAGUUCUUCCAAUACUCCAUCCACACGAUUCUCUUUCAACGAGGCGUCUACCCCGCCGAGGACUUCACUGCGGUCAAGAAAUAUGGCCUCAAUAUGCUGGUGUCGUCAGACGACCAGGUGCGCGCCUACAUAAAAAAGAUCAUGUCACAGCUAGACAAGUGGAUGGUGGGAGGCAAGAUCCAGAAGCUGGUGAUUGUCAUUACCGACAAAGACACGGGGGAACACGUUGAGAGGUGGCAGUUCGACGUCCAAAUAUUCGCGAAACCAAAAUCGAAAUCCAAGACCUCCAAAACCGCGUCGUCCAAAUCUGCACCGCCCACCGACCAACAAGAAAACUCCGCCUCCGGCACCACAUCCUCGCCAGCCGUUCCCGAAGAAAAAGAAAAAACCGAAGCCGAAAUCCAGGCAGAGAUCGCCGCCAUCUUCCGUCAAAUCACAGCCUCCGUGACCUUCUUACCUCAACUUCAGGGCGACUGCACCUUCAACGUCCUCGUCUACGCCGACGCCUCGAGCGAGGUGCCCGUCGAGUGGGGCGACAGCGAUGGGAAGGAGAUUGCCAACGGCGAGCGGGUGCAACUGCGUGGCUUCAGCACACAGAGCCAUCGCGUGGAUACUUUGGUUAGUUAUCGCUUGGCGGAUUGA